AUGACCUCCCCUAAAGAGGAAGUGGAUGUUCUGCAGGAGCUUUCCCAUCUAGUGUCAGACAGCAGCAAUGCCUCUUUGACAGUGGAGGAUGGCAGGUGUCCGGUCCUUCAGGUGGGACAGUAUUCCACCCUGGCUCUUCCCAUGCAGCAGCUCUUCCCUGACAGUUUUGCAGAUGAGUUCAGUUUGUCGGUGCAGUUUCGGAGUCAUCAGAAGGAGGAAUGCAGCGUCUUGACCGUGCUGAGCCCUGACAGCCACAUCAUGCUGCAGCUGCGGAUCAGCGCCCGUGCUGUCAUCUUCAUCGGAACUCAGCAGCGACACUACGAGUUCCCGGUGGGGGGUCUGUGUGACGGGGAGUGGCAUUAUGUGGGGGUCAGUGUGUCCUCCCAGCACCUGUCGCUGUACGCUGACUGCUCUCUGCUAGAAAGCGUGGACUGGGUGAACCUCGGUAUGGGGAUCGGCACCGAUGGCCUGCUCAUGGUUGGAGGCAUCAUCGAGGCUUUUGAGACUCCUUUUGAAGGUCAUCUUCGGCAGCUGGUCAUCCGCUUUGGUGACCCUAACGGCGCCAAUCAACACUGCAGCCACCACCCACCCCUCUGCAAAAAGCCCGCCCCCAAGUCCCCUCGUGCCUCUGCACACACCAUGAAGGCCUCUGAGAGACUACUGCUGUCCUCAAAUGACCUGAAAGACCUGCAGGUGGAUUCAAAGGAGGACUCCAUUUUGAGCUUUGACCAAACUGCUGCAUUCCUACGACUCCGGGGCGAUGGCACCAUACCCUCCAGACCCGACCGAAAAGGCUCAGCUGGACGUGGAGAUGUCUUUGUGGUGGACGAGGACAUCGACUUGUUGGAUCCUGUCUUCCAAAAUGGUGGAUAUGUGAACCCUCAAUGGAAACCUUUUAAAAAUGGACUUGAGGGACGACAGAAAGGAAAAAUUGACAAAAUACCGAAAAAGUUUGAGGACAAUGUCACAACAGAGAAAAAGACAGAUUCUAGUGGGAGAACUUCCCUGCAGUUCCCCAAAAAACCUUCAGAUGAAAUAAUCGACUUGGACAUUGGAAAUACCCCUAAAAAACCUUCAGCUGGGGUUUCUCCACUUCCCAACACCCCAACAAGUCCCAGAACAUCCAAAGAUUCCAACAACUUAGAAGAAACAGAGGAGACAAAAACUUUUACCUCAGCACCUACCAAGAUCAUUAUACCUGUGCAGACCACCAUGCCUUUUGACCAAAGAAUCAAGCAUAUAGGAAAAGGAAAACAACCAGACCAGGGGCAUUCUGGGACUAUAACUAUAGUGUCCAAAGAAGGUGAUCUGGCCAUCGGCUCAGAUGGGAAAAAGUACAGGCUUCAAAGAGGGCCACCUGGCAGAAUGGGUCCCCCGGGUUUAGAGGGUUGUCCCGGGGAGCCAGGACCUCCGGGGUUUAAAGGUGACAAGGGUAAGACAGGAGAUGAAGGAAGACGAGGAAAACCAGGAGUGCCGGGGCCUCCUGGUCCACCGGGUUUACCGACCUUCUACCUAUGGAGAAACACUGCUGAGGAUUGGACUGCUUUCCAGCAAACCAACUUCUAUCAACUUCUUUCUUCCAGUUGGCCUACUCAGGAAGGCACACAAGGGCCCCCUGGAGAAAUGGGCAAACCUGGCAUGGAGGGGCCACCAGGAGAACCUGGACAGCGAGGACAACCAGGGAGUCCAGGAGAGACGGGCGAACGAGGCCCCAGGGGCCCUCCAGGACGAGCUGGAAUGCCGGGAAAAGAUGGGGAAAAUGGGGAAGAUGGUCAGCCGGGAUCACCUGGUGCUCCUGGAUCACAAGGUCUGUGGGGAUACAGGGGAGAACGAGGAUCCAAAGGGGAAAAAGGGGAUGAGGGUUUCUUGGGUCUGCAGGGUCCAAAAGGAGAAACCGGAGAACCCGGUGAGAAGGGAUCAAAAGGUUUGCCUGGCCCCCCUGGAGCUGUCGGCCUUUCAGGAUCACCUGGGUUUCGUGGUGGGACCGGGCCAGAGGGGCCCCUGGGUCCUGAUGGGGAGAGUGGACUGGACGGCCCCCCAGGUCUGCCUGGGCUUCCGGGGGCUCCGGGAAUGACCGGACGAGUCGGCGCUCAGGGGGUUAAUGGCUCGAGGGGGGACAUGGGGCCGGCUGGCAGCAUUGGCCCCCAGGGACCUCAGGGGCCUCCAGGUUUAGAGGGACAGAUUGGACCUCCAGGGUGCAGAGGGCCACAAGGACAUCCUGGAAGGAUGGGGGGCCCAGGAACUAAAGGAGAUCCUGGACCUGUGGGCCCGAUGGGUGCCCGGGGGGAACCUGGCUUUGAAGGACCCAUGGGUGAAAGAGGGAUCCGUGGUCAUGCAGGUUUCCCAGGAGCGAUGGGCAAAAGAGGCGCAGAUGGGGACAAGGGAGAUCCAGGAUCCAAAGGGGACAAAGGUUUUCAGGGAGCCACAGGUAUUCGGGGUCCUCAAGGAGAAAGGGGUCUCAUCGGUCUGCCAGGUUUUUCAGGAGUCGCUGGCCCUCCUGGCCCUCGAGGCAGCGAGGGACUCGAUGGUGAAAGUGGUCUUCUGGGGAAGAAAGGAAGCAUCGGGUUGAAGGGGAACAGAGGACUCGAUGGACGCACCGGGAAACCAGGACCCAGAGGGAACAAGGGUGUGACUGGAAACAGGGGACAUUCCGGUCAGCCUGGUCCAUCGGGCUUACAAGGACUGCCUGGACCACAGGGACCAGAAGGAAAGCCUGGUACACAGGGCCCACCUGGUGCAGAUGGGGGUCCUGGCAGUAAAGGACCAAUGGGAUUUGAAGGCAUUGCAGGAGAAAGAGGAAUUGAUGGUCCACCAGGUUCACAGGGCCCUCAAGGAGGGACAGGAGCCCCAGGUCAACCAGGCUCCCCGGGACUGAAGGGUUUUCCAGGGAAGCCUGGCUUGGAAGGACCACAGGGCCCAGUUGGCAUGUAUGGCAUUCAGGGUAAUGUGGGCAUGCGUGGGCUCCCGGGCUUCACAGGAAACAGGGGUGGGCCGGGUUUGAAGGGCUUCCCUGGUUCUCCUGGAAAACCAGGGCCUGCUGGCCCCCCAGGCCCUCCAGGAGAGAACGGGCCCCGGGGUCCUCAGGGACGGCCUGGUGAUGAUGGGUUGAAAGGGAUUAACGGCCCAACGGGCCUUCCUGGUCUUCCGGGUCCCAAUGGUGCAACUGGCAAACAUGGUCCCAUUGGAAGCAUUGGAACCCCAGGGCCUCAGGGCCCACAGGGACCAGCAGGAAUCCCAGGCCUCCAGGGGGACUCUGGGUUACCUGGAACCACAGGGGACAAAGGACAGAGGGGUCUACCAGGGCCACCAGGGAGUGAUGGCCCCCCAGGACAAAGCGGACCCCAGGGUCUGCCCGGACUGACAGGAACUGAAGGACCACCUGGAAAGAAAGGAGAUCAGGGAGACCAAGGUCCCUUUGGGAAACAGGGGCCUCGGGGGAUCAUGGGACCACGGGGCCUUGAGGGGAUAAAAGGACUACAGGGACCACCUGGACCACCUGGUAAACAGGGGGAUGUUGGGCGUCCCGGUGGGAGUGGGGAUCCUGGACCCAGAGGGGACAAGGGAGAAGUUGGUCCUGUCGGUUUGUCCGGGCGAGAGGGCCCCUGGGGAGCUGUUGGGGAAAAUGGAAACAGGGGUCCAAAGGGGGAAAAAGGCUUCAUUGGGUUCAUGGGUGAACCAGGACCUGUUGGUGACUUGGGUCCUGCAGGACUGGUUGGUUUUCAGGGAACCUCUGGUCCUCCAGGACAUCCAGGACCUGAUGGACCUCCAGGAGAGAAGGGGGAGUUUGGAUCUCUAGGAGUUACCGGACCUCCGGGACCACCAGGUCCUCAGGGAGCAAGUGGAUUGCCGGGUGUUCGAGGUGACCCUGGGAAACUGGGCCCACCUGGAUCAGUCGGACUGGCUGGACCUCAAGGUGACCAAGGAGCCAAAGGAGAACCUGGUACACAAGGACCAAAGGGAGAAAUGGGAGCUGUAGGUCUUCCUGGAGAUCAGGGUGACGAUGGACCUCCAGGAAUCCAAGGUCCUGCAGGUCUUCCAGGAUCUGAGGGACUGUCUGGAGAAAUGGGGUUCAUUGGCCCCCCAGGUCCUGAAGGAACUCCUGGAAAGCAAGGAGGACCAGGAUCUGAAGGAAAACAGGGAAUGAAAGGAGAAAAGGGAGAUGAUGGACAGGUUGGACCAUCAGGGAAGAAAGGUCACAUUGGGCGGAGAGGAAAACGAGGGAAAGCCGGCAUCAGGGGGAUCAGAGGAGAUACUGGACCAAAGGGUGAAAAAGGUGACGUGGGGCCAGCGGGCCUCCCAGGCUGGCCGGGAGUCUUGGGACUCCCUGGCUUACAAGGAGAGCCGGGGGAUAAAGGGGAACCUGGCCAAGAGGGUCAGAAGGGAGACGCAGGACUGACAGGUCCCCCUGGUCAAGAUGGUCUAAAGGGGAUUCGAGGUCCAGUUGGAGCACCUGGCCCAGUGGGUAAAAAGGGGGAACAGGGAAACAUUGGUCCUCCAGGACCAAGAGGAUCGCUGGGGAUGCCAGGAUUACCCGGAUUGUUCGGAUUGAAGGGCUUGAAAGGCUACCAAGGUCCACCCGGACAGCCUGGCAGAAAGGGGCUGCCGGGUCCACCUGGUGUUCCAGGCCCUCCAGGAAAGUCCCUGAACAUGACCCUGACUCAACUCAAGGAUCUGAUAUACAUGUCCGACAUGCCCAAAUACUCACUGAUCCAGACGCUGCUGGACUCUCUGCAGCUGGAGUUGCGACUGCUGCUGGACCCUCCGGAUGGCAGCCGGAAGCAUCCCGCCACUACCUGUCUGGAGUUGUGGCUCUGUCACCCAGAGUACAGCAGCGGAAUGUAUUACAUCGACCCCAACCAGGGUAGCCCAGCCGACGCUUUGCUGGCCUACUGCAGCUUCUCCUCUUCAUCAAAAGAGACCUGCCUUCAUCCUGAAAACCCUCAGCUUCCCAUGAAGGCCUGGAUGGAGGGAUUUCCUGAAGAAGAGUCCUUUCAGUGGCUCAGCAAAAUGGAUCAGGGCUAUCAGUUCUCCUAUCCAGAUGCCAGCGUGGUCCAGAUGCGUUUCCUGAGGUUGCACAGCGUCACCGCUGUACAGAGGGUGACCUAUUCAUGUCAUCCAGGAUCUAGACAAGGCCCAACAGAACGAAGCGUGAAAUUUCUUACAGACACAAGAAGGCAAAGCUACCUCGGAGCUCUGAGAGACUGUAUGCCCGGACAGGAGAUGGAGUUUGGCUCUCGGGAGACUGUCUUUGAGUUCGAGGACCUCCACUUUCUUCCUCUACGAGACGUGGCGCUGAUGGGAGGAGCAAAGGUCUCGCACCAGUUUGCCUUCACAGUUGGACCCGUGUGUUUCAGCUAAAGGUGGGGCAAAACUGUGACGUCUGGGGGGCCUCAGAAAACAUGGAGAUGAGACUUUAUUAAGGACCCCAGGAGAACGUGUGGAGCUUUUGAAGAUUUCCCUGCAUUUUGGGGGAUGAAAUCUCUCAAGUGACUCCGUCUGAAUGAAUUUGACAGAGCACAAGUGCUUUCUUCACGGAGACGUCAAUUUUGUUUACAGAGACAUUUCUCUUCUAUGAACUAAUUUAAAUAUGUGUAUCAGAUUAGAAAAACGUGUUUCGUACGGUUGUGAUGUGUUCUUCGAGGUUCGUUGAUCUUCCGAUUACUGUUGGUGUUAGAGUGAGACCACACUGACCUCCACAGUGUGCUCCUGAAGCAGCAGCAUCUUCUGUUGUGUUGGUGGUACUUCUCCAGGCCAGCAAUGGAUCCAAACGUCUCACAUUUAACUGAUGGUGCUGAUUGAGCUUUAUUUAAAUUACCUAUAUUUUUAUUCCCAGCACAAAGGGACACUUGUUUAUCUAACUCACACUUGGUGCUGUCCAUUAACCGACAUUCCUCAGCUUUAAAAAACUGCUAUAGUUUUUACAGCUUUAUGUAAUAAAAGUGUUUUCUCUCAAUCUCAGGUAUGAUAAAUCAAUAUCACACCAUGGCACCUUAUCUGCCGCUGUCAGCUGCUCUGGUUUCAUAAAUCGAUAUGGGCUAGAUGGAAAAGUAAUUGGAUAAAUCAACUACAAUAGCUGAAAGAAUAAGGAGUUAAAUCAUUUGCUGGAAACUAUUUUUUUUGCACUUUUUUUAGUGCCAUCGACCAGAAAAGAGCUGCACGCCGGUCUAUUGAUUACAGGUGACAAAUGCAGAAAGGACAAACAAAAAUCUUUGCAUGUUUUAACGCAGAACUCAAAUAUAAAAACUCCCAACAUCUUAUUGGUUGCAACAGACGACAAUGAUUUUUACCUCAGGAAAUCUAAAUUUUAAAUUUAUGGGUCAACUUCAGAUGUGACUUAGUUUGAAACACGUGGAGGUGUGAAAUACUGCUCCUUCUACUCUUCAUCACUUGUGAUGCAGUGCCAUUGUUUAACACUUCCUCCUCCCUUUUGGGACCAGAAUUUUGGGCCUUGCUUUUAGAAAAUGUAAAAUUGUGUCAGAAUUCCAUCACUUCUCACUGCUUAGUUCACGAUAAGGGGGCUCACCAUUUGUCUGGAUCUACAAUUCCAAAAUUCAUUGCCCUGGAAAUUUCCAAGAAGUCUCUGCAAAAAUCCAGUGAGCUAGAUUGGUGAAUUUAACCACAAUGCUUUGCGUUUGAAAGAUUUUCCUCAGAAUUGACCUUUUUAUAAGCCAUCUAAGUUUCCAUCAUCACAGCCCAGUGGAUCCAUUUACUUUGGGAAAUCAGUGACGGUGUAUUUUCCGUUCAAAAACAAAAAGUAGCGAGCAACUUGGUUUCUGAAUUGCUGUUAAAAUCCAGGGCACUGAAGAGUCUAUGCUUUAUUGUUUUUUGUACUCAAUGAGUAGGGAGGGAGUUCAGACACAACCUUAGUUAUAGAUAUACUUUAAGAAAAAUACCAAGACAUGUUAAGAGGUCAAGAAAACGUUGGCAGUAUGUGAGGGAAAAAAGUCAACACAGGCUACCUUUUAGAUUGAAGUUUAGGCUUUUUGACGUCACUGUUAAAUCUCUCAUUAUGAAUCAUCACAGAUUUGCUGUAUUGGUAUAUACUGAAUAACAUAUAUUAAAUUUUGUGAUUUCUGCAUCCAGCUGUUCCCCUUUCCUCUUACAAAAAAACGAGCCCUAAUCAGACUUUUACCAGAAAUUUUUAAAUUAGCAAGACUGAAAUUUUUGUUUUUUGUUCUUUUUUUUUAUUGAAUUUUGAAUGUAAUUCUGAAUUUAAUUGUUGUGAUCUUCCCAUGAAAAGCUUGGUAGCAUGGAAGCUUUCUAGUUUCUUCUUUAACCUGUUUGUGUUUUACUGUAAAUCGGUGCAUGUUGGUGCUCAUUUAGCCCUGAACGGACUCGCUCAACCUGCGUUCUGCGUCAUCCAUCCCACAAGAGAAAAGGAGCAAACCCUGUAGCUACUCAGCUCUGUUGCUGUUUGUGUUCUUUAGCACAGAGCAUUGCUGUUUUCACGCUGCUGGUUGCCUUGGAGGGAGAUCUCAGGGGGAAACAAAACAAGUAUUUUGAGUUAUCCUGAUCUGGUUUUGAAGAGACUCAACUUCAGAGGGGAGUCACAGGUCGUCCAUUCUGUCCCGGUGUUCUGGAUUCAUCUUUUUUUUUGUACUUACUUUUGUGGAAACAUUGUAAAGACUGCCUUAGCUGACUGAGACUGAUCAUUGUUACAUUGCUGGCUCUGUGAAAAUGAUCUUUAAAAAAUAUUCAACUAAAUGCUGGACAUCUCUCUUGUUCAAAGGACGGUGAUCGGCGUAUUAAAAAUGUGUACCCAUGAAAA